UCACUGAACUUCCCGCCAAGGUGAGAGCCCAACAGUCCAGCCCCACUCCUCCCGGGGUCCAGGGAGACCUCUGGCCACAGCGGGGGCAUCGCGGGUAAAUGAGAAGUAACAGCUGGCGUCACCUAAUGCUGGGGUGACCAACGCGGGGGAAAAAGGCUUAGCAAACAGCAAAGACCCGUAGUCUCAGACGCAAAGGCACACAGUAACGCCAAAGCCCUUACUGACGUGCUAGAGAGGGGACGCCUUCACGUGACAACCUUGGAGUCUGCGUCGGCGUCGCGCACGCGCGCCUCUGCCUGUCCCGACAGGCCUGGCGAAUCCAGCGUCUAGCAGGUCGGUGGGAGGUGCUGAGCGCCGAGCAGCGAACAGUACUCCUCCUCCCCCGCCGACGAUUUCAGGCGUAGCAGGACUUGGGGAGCAGCACUGCGGAGACUGGACGAAACGCGAGGGCUGCACUGCGGCUGGCUUUUCUACGAGAUGUUGGAAUUUUUGCAGCGCCCUGUAGUGGUGACGGCCGAUGUCAACCUGAAUGUGGUGGCUCUGACUGUGGUGGGGUUACUGAGCCGACUGUGGCGACUCGCCCAUCCCAGGGCUGUGGUCUUCGACGAAGUGUACUAUGGGCAGUACAUCUCUCUUUACAUGAAGCGAGUCUUCUUCUUCGACGGCAGCGGACCACCCCUGGGCCACAUGCUGCUGGCCCUGGGAGGUUAUUUGGGAGGAUUCGACGGUAACUUCGUGUGGAACAGAAUCGGAGCAGAGUACAGCAGCAAUGUGCCCGUGGGAUCCCUGCGCCUGCUGCCGGCCCUCGCAGGGGCCCUCGCAGUCCCCAUGGCCUACCAGAUCAUGGGGGAGCUCGGCUUUUCCCACUGUGCCGCCGUGGGAGCCGCCCUGCUGGUGCUCAUCGAGAAUGCUCUGGUCACUCAGUCAAGGCUCAUGCUUUUGGAAUCGGUGUUAAUAUUUUUCAACCUGUUGGCCGUGCUGUCCUACCUGAAGUUCAACUCCCAAAAACACAGGCCCUUCUCUCCGAGCUGGUGGCUUUGGCUGAUGCUGACAGGAGUGGCCUGCUCCUGUGCAGUUGGCAUCAAGUACAUGGGUGUUUUCACGUACUUGCUGGUGCUUGGAGUCGCCGCCGUGCAUACCUGGCACCUGAUAGGAGACCAGGACCUGUCAAACGUGAGUUCUGAUGGCAGGUGCUGCACCAGGCUGGCUGUGCAGGAUGCGCAGAGGAUGGGAUGCGCCGCUGCGGGCGCUGCUUCGGGAGGGGACAGGAGGCCGGGGCUGCGUUGCCCUGCGAGGUGGGCGCGCCUCCCUGUGUGUGUGGGAGGGACCACUCCUCCGCCUUCCGCCUCGGCAGGUCCGCGUGCUCUGCCACGUGCUGGCCCGAGCGGUGGCGCUGCUGCUUGUCCCGGUCGUCACCUACGUGCUCUUCUUCUACGUCCACCUGACUCUGCUCUGCCGCUCCGGGCCCCACGACCAGAUCAUGUCCAGUGCGUUCCAGGCCAGCCUGGAGGGAGGGCUGGCUCGGAUCACACAGGGCCAGCCCCUGGAGGUGGCCUACGGUUCCCAGGUCACUCUGAAGAGCGCCUCCAGCAGACCUGUGCCCUGCUGGCUCCACUCCCACCAGAGCACCUACCCCAUAGUGUAAGGAGAGCCGCUGCCGUCCUCAGUGGAAGGUACAGCAACGGCCGGGGCAGCUCCCACCAGCAGCAGGUGACCUGUUACCCCUUCAAGGAUGUCAACAACUGGUGGAUUGUCAAGGACCCCGGCAGGCACCAGCUGGAGGUGAACAACCCACCGAGGCCCGUGCGGCACGGGGACGUGGUGCAGCUGGUGCAUGGCAUGACCACCCGCCUGCUGAACACGCACGACGUGGCGGCCCCCCUGAGCCCCCACGCGCAGGAGGUGUCGUGCUACGUGGACUACAACAUCUCCAUGCCAGCCCAGAGCCUCUGGCGGCUGGACGUGGUGAACAGGGACUCGGACGCGGAGACCUGGAAGACCAUCCUGUCGGAGGUCCGCUUCGUGCACGUGAACACUUCCGCCAUCCUGAAGCUGAGUGGGGCGCACCUCCCUGAGUGGGGCUUUCGGCAGCUGGAGGUGGUCGGGGAGAAGCUGUCCCGGGGCUUCCACGAGAGCACCGUGUGGACCGUGGAGGAGCACCGCCACGGCCGGAGCCAGGAGCAGAAGGAGAGGGAGCUGGAGCUGCACUCCCCUGCUCGGACGGACGUCAGCAGAAACCUGAGCUUCUUGGCCCGGUUCUCGGAGCUGCAGUGGAGGAUGCUGACGGUGAGAAGCGACGACUUGGAGCACAAGUACAGCUCAGCGCCGCUGGACUGGGUCACCCUGGACACCAGCAUCGCCUACUGGCUGCACCCCAGGACCAGUGCUCAGAUCCACCUGCUGGGAAAUGUAGUGAUCUGGGCUUCCGCCGGCCUCGCCACCGCGCUCUAUGCCCUGCUCUCCUGCUGGUACCUGCUCAGACGCCGGAGAAACAUCCACGACCUUCCCGAGGACUCCUGGCAGCGCUGGGCACUGGCCGGGGCCCUGUGCGCCGGCGGCUGGGCCGUGAACUACCUUCCCUUCUUCCUGAUGGAGAAGACACUCUUCCUCUACCACUACCUGCCUGCGCUCGCCUUCCAGAUCCUGCUGCUCCCCGCGGUCCUGCAGCACGUCGGUGAACACCUGUGCAGGUCUGAGCUGCAGAAGAGCCUCUUUGGUGCCCUGGUGGUGGCGUGGUUCUCUGCUGCCUGCCGUGUGUUCGCCAUGCUGCGCCCACUAACCUAUGGGGACACGUCGCUCUCGCCCAGCGAACUCCAGGCCCUUCGCUGGAGAGAGAGCUGGGACAUCUUGAUCCGGAAACACUAGCAGGCCCGGCCCGGUCCGGUGAGCACCAGGAUGGGGCCAGGCCCCGGCCUCGCCAUCUCUGGUGACAUGCGGCCCACAAGCAGGGCUGGGCCGGGCCGGGCCCAGCUCCACUCUGGUCCCAUUUGACACGGCCCUGUGUCGGGCGCGGCAUUUUCAGCUGAAUCUGGUUUUGCCCACGUGACCAAGCACACGCUGUGUCCACUAGUUCCUAGGACCUGUGAGUCAGGACAUGCUGAGUGGCCAGUGUGGGGCUCAGUGACGGAGGAAAAGUGGGGAGUGGGCAGGGAGGGGCGAGUCAGGGUUGGCGGGACAGGGCCUGACUCCCGACCGACGCAGGUCUGGUGGUGGGACUAGUCCUCCCUCCCGAGCAUCCACUGCACCCACGAGUUGGGACCUCUGCCCCAGCAAGGCCCGGAUUGCCCUGGAACAUUCCAGUGUCAAAUGAGCCACUCCAGUGACUGUCAGAACCCAUCCUGGGCCCUGGCUGGGCUUCUCAGUGGUUUGGAGCGUCGUCCGUGCACCGAAAGGUGACCCCAUCGGGGCACAUGCCUAGGUUGUAGGUUCGGGCCCCUUGGGGUGUGUCCAGGAGGCAGCCUAUCAGUGUCUGUCUGUCUCCCGUCCUCUCCGUACAAUCAUCGUGCUCCGGUGAGAAAACAAAAACCACCCCUGCGAGAUGCCUGCCGAGCGAGCACCUCCUCGUCCUGAAUUGGCCUCAUCUGGUGCAAUGAAACACAGACAAAGCGG